AUGGCAAUGGUUUCUGCUGUUCAGGAAGCCCAGAAAGAUAAUCUCAGAAACUUUAGUGACUACAUGAUGACAGUGUUAGAGGAUGACUGGCAAAAGGAAAAAAGGGACUUUCUUCACAGCUUGAGCCGCAUCUCCAGUUUAGCAAGGACCAAUGUAACUGAUUCAAGCAUUGGGGCUAACCGAUCAGGGCCAAUAUUAUCUCUAUUUUCUAGUCCUCACAUUUCAUCUGGUCCUUCUAACAUGGAGCUUUUGGCAAUAGUUGAUAAAAAGGCUGCAACAUAUGUCCAGGUUGUGAGAAAACUCAAUGAUGCAAGAAAACGUAGUUUAGAAUAUAAAUCAGCUACUGCUUUUAAGAAUGCAUAUGAUCACAAUCUUGGCCUGGAUUCUUCUAGUGGUAACUCAGUUACCAUGAACAAGAUCUGGCAUCUAAUUCAGGGUUUGCACAUAGAAGGAAGUGAAAGUCGAUCGGAGAAAGGGGUUUGCAGAGAGAAAGAAGGGAGAGAAUGA